CUCCGAUCCCGGCUGGGUCGCUUUAUACAAGAAAUCGGGAGCGCGCUUGGGGGCAGAAGGAGAAUCCGGAUUAAGAAGGGGGUGGGGGGCCAAGGGUUCUUCCAGAGGAGCGGCUGCGCCCCAGUUUCCCGUUUGUUCCCUGUACGUGGGAAGGGGAAGCGGGUGGCCGGCCGGGCUCUCCUCGCUUGUGCCCAACGCGGACCGGCGAUGGAGCUGACUCUUCCACCAGCCACUCCUACUUUGAGAGGCUGACCUGCAGGCGGAGGAUCCUCCCACCCUCCAGCAGCCCAGCGAGGACAUCUGGAAGAAGUUCGAGCUGGUGCCCACGCCGCCCCUGCUGGGCACCGGCCCGACACGCGACGAGGGGGACUACCUGCUGGAGCCCGGCGGGCUGCUGGGCAACCUGAGCGCCUUCGUGCUGCGGGACUGCAUGUGGAGCGGCUUCUCGGCCCGCGAGCGCCUGGGCAAAGCGCUGACCACCGAGAAGUGGGCCGGCCCGCCCGCCGCCAAGCCCUCCUUCGGGCCGGACUUGGGGCUGGGCGGCGAGUGCGUGGACCCCGCCGCCAUCUUCCCCUGCCCCUUGGCCGACGGCAAAGUGCCCGCUUCGUCCGGCUCGGAGGGCCCGAGCGAUUCGGAAGGGGAAGAAAUAGACGUGGUGACGGUGGAGAAGAGGCAGUCACUGGUGAGGAAACCAGUCACUAUCACAGUGCGGGCUGACCCCUCGGAUCCAUGCAUGAAAUGUUUCCACAUCUCGAUCCACCAGCAGCAACACAACUAUGCAGCCCGCUCCCCUCCAGAGGCUGGCUCCCAAUCUGCGACGUUGGCAAAGGACACCCAGGAAGAGGACUGUUCUGGCCCAAGGUCCCCAGGGCAAGUGGUGGAGAGUUUCUCCCCCCAUUCGUUCCUUCCUAAAUCUGGGAGCGCUCCCAGUUCAGACAGCGAGGAUGUGAAUAAGCGGAAAAACCACAACUACCUGGAGCGCAAGCGGCGCAAUGACCUUCGCUCGCGUUUUCUGGCACUGAGGGACCAGGUGCCUGGCCUUGCCAACUGCCCCAAAACCCCCAAAGUGGUGAUCUUGAGCAAAGCGGCAGAGUACAUGCAGUCCCUCAUCAGCACGGAGCAGCAAAUGGUAGCAGAGAAAAAGUGGCUGAAGCUGCAGCAGCAGCAGCUGCUGAAACAGAUUUCACACCUUAGGGGGACACAUUAGAUGCCAAAGACCCUGCCCAGUUUUCUUCCUGUGGUGAUGGUUGUGGGCCUUUUCCACACUGCUGCUCCAAAACUGCAGCUGGCACACGCACAGGGCUCGCAUUCCAGAAGGUCUUACUAGUUCUCAUUCUGUGUAUCUCCCCACCCCCCUUCAUUCAUUCAUGUGUGGUUCCCCCAGCGGAUGGGGGAGGUGUUAUCCUUCUAGACUCCUGCAAGGCCAAGCUGAGGUGUUGGAGUUCCUGGGAUGAGAUGCUGGCUUCUGCGAAAUGCAGAGUUUCCUGCCUUCCUGUUCCGGAUUGACCGGGAGUGCCUCUUCAGCCGUGCGUUCAAACACAGUGCUUUGAGACAAAAACACAGUCUGAGUAAUGUUUUUUAUUAGGACCAACCAGACUGACGUAAAACAUUGGACAAGUAUUGGAGCUCAGUGGAACUCUUCAUUGAACUGGAUGUUAUAAAUUUCUAGAAAAGAUGAAGGGGUGAGAAGCCCACGGAGGGUCUUGAGUCAACAUUGCUAAGCCUAGCUGUUGUCAGAGGAAUGCAAGAUUUGUCCCCUGAGGCCGCAUCUGUUUGCACAAUCCCCCCCACAACUACUGAGGACUGCUGUUUUCCUUCUCUCACUCUCUAAUUUGGUUAGAGUUGACCUGUAAGAUGAUCCUGACUGCUAACAAAGGAAUAUCCUAGCUGCAGUUUUUGGAGGAGGCUUUAAUCUGCUGGGUUUUGCCUAAAUUCUGGAUAUUUGCUAGAAGAUAGAAGCUGUAACUGGUAUACCUCUCCAAGACUGGAAUAAGAUCCUUCUGCCUGGGAGGAGAAACAUAAAGUAGGACAUGAUCCUGCGGGGAUCUUGAACAGUUCCUCUUAAUUAUGACAGGGCAUGAACAAAUCUUCCUGUCAGAUGGGGACCUGUGGUUCCAAGCUGUCUGACAUCAGACUCUACUGUCCUUUAGUGGGAGCCAAAAUCUGCCACAAUUGGGUGGUGGUCAGUUUUCAAAGUCUGCUGAACGUGUGUCCCCUUUCUUCAUCCAACUGAGCUGUUUUCACUGGAAAUGCACUGCGAUCACCUUGGAAUUGAUUUACCUCAUGCUUCACUUUUUACUACACAUGGUAGUUUGACCUAGAUUUUUGUAUACUGUAGAAUCCCAUUGUUUUAACUGCCUGUUUAUACUGGAUGGCUUUUUUUAAUAUGCUGUAUUUUUGUACAACUUUUUUAAAACAUUAUUUUAUAAAAGUACUCCACAUACAUUAAAAAAUUAAUUUAACUGCUUUCCCCUGAAAGGUAGGGGAGGAGAGUUCUGCCUACCUACUUACCCCCCUGCAAAUUAUUCCAUGUAUUUCUGCUUAUGGCUUCUAAUAUCAGCAUUUAGUGGGAAUUCCCCUGGCUGGUCUCAAUUUUCAGACACCAGCUGUGAGAACAGUGGUGGGCUUGUGGGGUUCUUGUAUUUGGGGAUAUCCUUUUCCAAAAGUAAUGGAGGGAGGGCACCUUUAUCACUUGCAGUGUGUUCCCUAAAGAAACAUUUCUCACAUAGAAGGUGUUACUGAAUCUCUGAUUAAUGGAAUCCCUUUUCUCCCCCCUCCCACCCGCUUUCUUUCUAAACAAAGGGCUACAUGGAAAUAUUUUCAGGGUGUGUGUAUGGGGGGUGGGAGGGAUUUAGGCCCUUGCAUGAAAGAAGAGACUGAUAUAAAAGUGUUGUUUCUCAGCUUUUGUUGCUUUGGCUGGGGUCAGGCCAUCUAUUCACCCCCUUUAUGCAAAUUCUCCCCACCCAUCAGCCUUUGUGUCCUUGGAGGGAAAGGCAGAGCCAAGGUGAUGGAUGGCCAUUUUAUCUCUGCUGGGAGGGCGUCCUUGUUCUUUACUGGUCUCUAGGCAAGGCUCUCUCAGGCAUCCCUUGACUAGCCUACUUUUAAGUUGUAAGGCUGUGCAGUCGGACUUAGCACUUUCUUUGUUACCUCAGGCUUUGUAAAUAAAGGAGUUGCAAAAGACAAA